UUAUUAAUAAUCCAAAUGUAUAUGAAUUUAUUUUUAUCGUAUUUUAGGUCGUUUCGUCAACAAGUAUUCAAAACUAAAAAAACAAACCUACCACCGCCAAUAGACUCCCCAAAUUUAAUACCUUCAUCAUUGGAUCUAAAAGCGUUUUUCGAUCAAACAUUUACGCCUCCAAUCGAUUUUCAAGAUGCAACUGAAAAGGUAAAGGAUGCAACCAACCCUUCUCCUGACGAAACGAAUUUAGUAAUAAACGACUCUAAUUCAGAAGAUGAUGUAACUAUAAUACCUAAUAAAGAUUCAUCCCCAAAAAAUAAAGACAACAACGACGUGGUUAACCUUUGCUCAAUAAAUUUUAACGAUUUUGAGGAACCAAUGUCUAUACCAAAAGCACGUGAUAAAAAUACGAGUAAAAACAAUGCAAAUAAGGACAUAAACUUAAGUAUAACUGAAAGCGAACUGCUGCUAUUAGUAGAACCUGAAAAUAUAAAUAGCGAAUCUUUCCAACAUGUUAUUACAAGUACACAAAAUAGCAUUAAAAGGAAAAAAUUUGAAUCAUUGGAAAUAUCACCGAUUCGAAGCGAAAAAAGGAAACGAAAUUCCUUAGAUUUAAUUAAUAAAUCGAAAAGUUCACCUUUAAGUAUUGUAGUUUCUCAAAAACCCUCAAUGCCUGAAAGUCGGUUUUUAUCGUCGCGUAAACAAAAAAGUAUUCUUAGUUUUGUUAAACCAGAUAAAAUCGAUAAAAACGCAACUAUUGUCUCAAUAGGAUCUUCGCCGUCUUCAUCACUUACACCAACACCAUACGUUUGUUGUACUCGUUUAAAUAGAGAACAAUUGAAGCUCGUUGUAGAAUUAACAAAAAAGAAAUUAAUCAAAUACAGCAAUAAUUUUACUUCGAAUAUAACUCAUAUCAUUUGUACGACGAAUGAGAAUAAUUAUAUUCAUGACCAUACUAUGAAAUUAUUGAAAGCAAUUGCUUAUGGAAAGUGGGUUGUUAAUGUUAAAUGGAUUCAAGAUUGUUUAACACAUGACAAAAUUAUGCCGGAGGAAGAUUACGAAGCUUUAGAUAUGUCUGGCGAACCAGGACCGAAAAUUUCGCGGUUACAUUUAACCGAGAAAUUAUUGAAAGGAUUUAAAAUUUAUUUGGAACCUCCGUUCGCCUCGGCGAGUAAAGAAGAAGUUGAGGAAUUGAUAACUGUUUUGAGCGGAGAAGUUUUGACGAGUUUUCAAGAUUUAUUUGGCGAGGAAGGUAUUCGGUUGAUUGUUGCUGAAUCUAAUGGGACGCAAGAUGAUUAUAAAUUUGAAGAAUGGAGUAGAAAAUAUAAAGUGUUUGUUGUUGAUAUCGAAUGGUUAAGUCGUUCAAUUGGACAAUACAAAUUGGUUAGUUUAAGACCAUUCGGGUUAUGUUCCGAUGAUAACAUUCAUCAAAUGGGUUACCCAAGAAAUUUGACGAUUGAAGCAUCUUUUAGUUACACACAAAACGCUGUGGCCAUUAAUAAGUAAUAAUAAGUUCAAAACUAGAUACAUAGUGUAUGUAUAUUUCCUGUACUAGCCAUAUAUUUCCUCAUUAUUAUUUAAAAAAAGUUACAAUUAUUUUUUGAUAUGUUAUAACAAAAUAUAUAUUUUUUUAAAAUGUU